AUUUACUAGUGUUUUUAUCAGUAAUUAAUUAUUAAAAAGAAAUAAAAUUAUUUAAAGAGAAAUAAAAUCCGCGCGCCUUAUUUGACUUCACGCCAAAAAGUCCAUUGACGUUGGUCAUUUCAUUACAUUACUUUUAAUAAUGUUCUACCUGUUGAAAAUUUAUGAAAACUAAGUAAAUACAACCUUAAUAUAUCUACGUAUAAUUUAUAAUUUUUGUAAGUACCCUCCAUCCUAAAUUCUCACUCGGCCUGUUUUAUCGGGCAAUGUAGGUACUCAGUUCUGUUUGUAUAUUACAACCAUGGUUGUUGUUUUACUACUGUAGAGAAGAGAGAACUUUAUUGUAGUGUUUACUACCUCACAGAAGCUUGUCGAAAAAGCUGGCUCGAUACAUUUUGUGCCAAACACUCCAAGAAACCUUAGAAUGCGGCUUAUCCACAUUCUAAUGUAAAAAAAGGAAGAUUGAUACAAAAAUAAGACGAUGGCUUUAUGGCUUUGCCUUUGCCUUUCGCAAUAGGGAAGAAUAGAACUAAAAAUCUCAUGACCUUUACAUGUCCUCUUUUGACACUGUCUUGUCGUUUUUGCCAGUUGCUGUCAUGUCAAAUUAGUCCUUACAGACGGAUGUCAUCUUCCAUGAUCCAUGAUCAAGUUUGAGGCAUCGACGGAUUCUUUUUCCACAUUCCAAGAUAAUUAGCAUUAGGUGAUCCUUAGGAAGGAUCACUAAUUAAAUCUGGGAUUUAUAGAAAAAAUAUUAGGCAAAAUGAGUAAGAUAAUCCCGUCGGCUGCUAAACUUUUUGCAGCAAAUACUGUUUCGAAAUCCGUCAGCCCAGCAGUGUCGACAAAUAAAAAAUAUAGUACAAAAUCAGAGGCUACCUUUCAAAUCAAGCCCUUCAAACUCCACAAAUUGGAGAGUGGGCCAGCAACAUCAGCAACACUCACAGCAGAAGAUGCCCUCAAAUUGUAUGAGAGACUUGCUAUUUUACGCAGGAUCGAAACUGCUUCGGGCAAUCUGUACAAGGAAAAAAUCAUCCGUGGCUUUUGCCACCUGUACUCAGGUCAGGAAGCUGUCGCAGUAGGAAUGAGAGCAGCAAUGCGUGAUGUAGACUCUGUGAUUACUGCAUACCGUUGCCAUGGAUGGACUUACCUUAUGGGUGUGAGCGUGCUCGGGGUACUGUCUGAGCUGACUGGCAGACGGACAGGCUGCUCGAGGGGCAAGGGUGGUUCUAUGCAUUUGUACAGUAAGAACUUUUAUGGAGGCAAUGGCAUUGUCGGUGCUCAGGUACCUUUAGGUGCGGGGGUAGCAUUUGCCCACAAGUACAGAGGAGACGGCGGUGUUUGCUUCGCGUUGUACGGUGACGGGGCUGCCAAUCAGGGCCAACUUUUCGAAGCGUACAAUAUGGCUGCUCUGUGGGAUUUGCCUUGCGUGUUUGUCUGUGAAAACAAUGGAUACGGAAUGGGUACAAGCGUGGAUCGUGCCUCAGCCAGUACAGACUACUAUUCUCGCGGUGACUAUGUCCCCGGUAUCUGGGUCGACGGUAUGGAUGUACUCGCUACUCGGGAAGCUACCAAAUUCGCCAUCGAUUACUGCACCAAAGGAAAAGGUCCUCUCGUAAUGGAGAUGGAAACGUACCGUUACUCGGGGCACUCGAUGUCUGACCCCGGCACUUCGUACCGCACCCGCGACGAGGUCCAGGAGGUGCGGCAGACCAGGGACCCCAUCACCUCCUUCAAGGACAAGAUCCUGACCAACAACCUCGCCACGCAGGAACAACUCAAGGAAAUCGACGCUAAAGUUCGUACGGAAGUAGACGAAGCCACCAAGCAGGCGAAGAGCGAGCCAGAAAUAGGCGUAGAGGAGCUCAGCGCAGACAUUUACUACAACUGCGUAGAGGAAAACAUUCGCGGCAUUUUACCCAACGCGCCGAUGAAGCACCUCGAGGUUGUCGCGCGCAAAUAACGCUCUUACCGCCUAGGAAAUUAGGUCUGUUUUCCAAUCCACUCACUAUGUUCAACGAACGAACGAACUAUUUAUUUUUUUAAUCUGUCAUUUUGUAAUCCUUAUACAGGCAGUCCUCGACUUACGUCGUUUCGAUUUACGUCGUUUCAAGUUGCGUCGAACAAUGUUUUGACAUUAUUCCUCAAGCAUACGUCAAUUGUUUCGAUUCCCGGCAUAGGAGAAUUCACUGAACCCUUGAGUUUUACAUGUAAACACAUGAAAAAAUAUGUCUUGAUUUACGUCGCGCAUUUCGAGAAUCUAACAUGCCGUAAGUACGAGGACUGCCUUUUCUUUGAUUUAUUCAUUCGUACAGAUGGAGCUGUACAAAUAAUCCGCACGAAUAAAACGGCUCGUGUUUCGCGCAAUUUUUGCGUGUGUAGCGACGAGCGUGUCUUAUCUACCAUAUGUAGUAGAUAUUUUUCUGCCGCAUCCUUGUAGUUAAAACGGUAUCUGGUAGUAUGUUAUCAUAGUCCUAAUAGUUCAAAUUAGUGCUAGAUGAAUUUAGGAGUCUAGUCUGUAAUACGGUAUGUGUUGCUUCGUAAUUUGUCACAUAAAAGCGACAUGCGUUAGGGCUUCGUCGCUUAGAACCGACUUUUUCUAGGCCUGUCGCUUUGUCCUUCAAAAGCUACAAGCACUAAGAAAGAAUGUCUAUAUUGUCGAUGGGCUUCGUAACUCAAAUGCAUUUUUUAAACGACAUUUAGUAAACAUUGGUGUCGAUUCUGGCAUAAUUCUCUAAACUUAAAACUGAAUUUAAGAUCAGUGUCUCUUUCUCAUUCUGUAUACAAUACAAUACAAAGUACUUUAUUGAAAACACCACAAUACAGAACACAAAUGAGGAAAUUACAAUUGUAAAAAAAGAGUGCUUCAAUGCGUGGUCUUAACGCUAAAAGCAAAAAGCUUAAAAAAAGCUUGCUGGAAGAAAUCUCCAGACAUCCUUCUUUUGUAUAGAGAAAGGCAAAGAUAAAAGCCACCGUAUACCACAAUUAAUCUAUAUGAAAAAUCUAUUUUAAUUUACAAGUGAACAAUUACAGCCGAUUACAAUUUUGAUUUUCACAAUAAUAUGGAACAACUUUGUAUAUUGAUAAGUAAGAAAUAUAUUUUAUGGCAAUUUAUUUUGUGUAUAUAGCGUUACGUUAGAAACAGACAUUUUUUGACAUUGGAAUUUUAAUUUUAUACUUUGUUAAGCUUUGUGUGAUACUGCCGACCUAUGGUGUCAAGCCUCAAAACAUAUACAUUUUAUAAAUUAUAUCUUCAUGUACGUGUAUCCGUUUGUUUAUUGUUAAAGGAAUACAGAUCAUUAUUUAUGAGACACAGUUUUUCUUGAUUUUCAUUAAUAAGACUACCUGUAGGAAUACUUUCUAACAUUGCGAUUGCGAGGACCUCGAUGGCGCAGGUGGUUAAAGCAUUCUGUCUGCGAUCAACUCUGCGAGCAACUUUCGCAAUGGUCGGUGAUUGGAUGGGUGACCGAAAACUUAUUAUGAUCCCGGCUGCAUCUGCAGUCGUUAGCACCCACCAAUCCGCACUAGGCCCGCGUGGUGGGCCACGGUCCAAUCUCCCUAUUCCAUCCAUAGGGAAGGCCUGUGCCCCAGCAGUGGGGACAUUGAUGGUCUGAUGAUGAACACUGCGAUUGGAUCGAUCGAAUUAAAGCCCUCACUGACUGCAGACUUUUCUAUAGGUCGCUGAUAACUUCACUUUCAUAUAUUAUCAUCCUCAAGGAUCUCCGUGGCAGUGGUUUGUACGCAGGAUUCAAGAUGUCGCCUACUCGAGAGGUCCCGGGUUCGAAUCCCGGUGGGGGCAGAUGUUUGUGUGAUAAAUACGAGCAUUUGUGCUCCAGUCAUUUUUCUUUAUUUAUUUAUGAAGGACGACCAACAAGAUACAAGCAUCGGCGAUAAUUAGAAGCUAUCUUAAUUAAAGGUUACCACCGCAUGCAUUACAAAACAAGGCAUUGAACAUUAUUUAGCAUAAUUUUAAGUGAAAUCAAUAAGAAAACAAAAAUUUAAAUAUACCGCACAAUACAAAUAAAUAUUAUUUAAUUUAAAAACAAGUAUAAUUAUUUCCUGACUUGAAAUUAUGGCAACCGAAAAUAAUCAAAAUGACGACAGCAAUAUUAUCAUAUCACGAAAUUACAAUUUUUUUUUAUAGGAAUACAAUUACAACAUAACAAAAGUGGACACAAGAAGCGAAGAUUCAGGAAGAUUUAAUAAGUUUAUUUACUUUAUGUUUAAAAUAGAACUACUACCAAGAAUGUCCAGGCUAUUGUCCAAUUUAACCAUAGCGUUAUAAGACCUACACAUUCGAUUUAGAGAGCUGUUUAAACUUAAGUUCGUUCCAAAGCACUUGAGUGAAAACAAAGAGUAAGCGGAGGGUCGCCUGAGCUUAAAAGGUGCACUAAAACUUAUCUUUGAAAUCAAAGAUGGACAGUCAACUUUGUUAUUUACAACAUUAUAUGAAAACAUGAGAUCCAAUAGUUUCCCUCUGUCACUCAACUUGCUCAUCCUGAAAUGUCCCAGCCGUUCCUCAUAACUAGGCAAUUUUUUAGCAAGAUGAUACUAGAAAGACAAAUGCCACAAGAAGCGUUUUUGGACUUCUUCUAUUCGCUUUGAGUACACAUCGUAAUGCGGGUUCCACACUGGCGAGCAAUAUUCCAGGUGACUACGCACAAUUGCGUUGUAUAUAUGGAUUUUUGUUUCAUGUUUUUUGAAGUCCCUGCAAUUACGUAUUAUGAAACCAAGAGACUUAAAACAGCGAGAUACUACUUGAUCAAUGUGGAGAUGAAAACGCAGCUUGCCAUCGAGAAUAACGCCCAAAUCUCGAACACUAUCAGUACGGGUUAAAUAUUUACCAUUCACUCUGAAGCAAGCCUGUUAAGAUCAUUCUGCAAUAGGAGGGUAUCAUCCCCAGACACCAUCGGCUUCAGGAUUUUCAAAUCGUCAGCAAAGAGAUAAAUCUGUGAAUGAAGGAAACAAGUGUGUAUGUCGUUCACAAUAUGUUAAAUAAUAUAGGCCCCAAAUGCGAUCUCUGUGGAACUCCUGAUGAAUUAUAAUAAGUGCCGGAUACGUAUCCAUUCAUUACAACAGUUGACCUUCUGUCUGUGAGAUAAGAUUGGAACGACUUCAAAACGUUUCCGGAGAUUCCCAGAGAUGACAACUUCUCCACAAGCAAUCGGUGAUUUACCUUGUCGAAAGCCUUUGAGAAGUCUGCAUAAACCACAUCUACAGGGAUACGCUCAUCAACACAAUGAAUAACAUCAUCCAAAAAUGACACUAGAUUAGUGAUAGUUGAUCUGUUUUUCAUAAAACCGUGUUGAUGCAUAGUAAUGCUAGACUUUACGUGCCAAGAUAUAACAGGCACAAUAAGAGAUUCGAACACUUUCGCAAAUAUAGGUAAUAUGGAUAUGGGUCUAUAAUAGGGGUGAUGACGGGGUACAGUAAACGAAAUUCUAUUUAGUCCGUCAGUUAGAUGAUCAAAAAAUAAUGGACACGUAUUUUUUCUUUGGGCAAUCAACCAAAAAAUUACAAAGUUAUAGCGCGUCAAAGUUUAGGAGUAGGGGCUCGUGAUGUCACUUUUGAGUGAAUUUUCGCUUAUAAGUGUACUCAAACGUGACGUCAUGCGACUUUUCAAAUCAUUAUAUCUCUGUAAUGUUUAUAUUAUGUGAAAAAAGAAAAAAUACGUGUCCAAUACUUUUUGAUAAUCUACCUGAUAAACGAAGAAAAAAAAAAUUAGUCAUGAUUCCUAUUUUUUAUAUCGUUCUUAGAACCCGACUUUUUUUUUUUUUAAUUUAUUUAGGACAACCAACAAAGCAUAACACAGCGUCAGUGUUAGUAGCUACAGUAGCAGUUUAAAGCUAGGAUUAGUGUCGCUUUAAUUAUAGGUUGCCACGGCAUGCGCAAUAGGAAGCAACUAAAAUUAACAAGUUCUAUGUGCUAGCAUUAUUCAGCAACUAUGAGCUAGUUUUGACCACAAGGCGGCACCCCAGACCAAACUCCGUUUUUUUUUUCUCUAUUACAUUGUCUAUAUCUAUUUAUAAGGUUCGUAGUCGGGCUGACUACCGCCCAAUAGCAUAAUCUAUAUAACUAUAAUUAGUUACUAAAGUACUUAAUCAAUAUUACUUACUACUAAGUACGGCAUACAAUUCUCUUUUAAAUUGAGACAAGGUUGUGGUAAAAAUAUCAAAGGUGUUGUUUUUAGAGAGGUUAUUAUAUAAGCUUACAAGUCUAUUGAGUGGUGCUGAUUUUCCCAGAUUUGUUUUGGUUUGAUUUGGAAUAAAUACUGAGAAGCGGGAUGCGCGUGGUAAUUUUCGAGGACAGCUAAAUCUAAUUUUCGAGAAUAACUGCGGACAAUCAAAUAUACCAUUGACAAGUUUAUAAAGAAAUACCUGAUCAAGAAUCUGUCUUCUUAGAUUGAGAACCAUUAUGUCAUAUCUUUUUAAACGAGCAUUAUAUGAGGUCAAUGUUUUAGCUUCAUUACAUUGGUAAGAUAAAUAAUAUAGAAAUCUUUUCUGUACUCGUUCUAAUCUAGAUUGAUGAACAUUAUAAAAGGGUGACCAGACAGUACUGCAGUAUUCGAUGGCAACCUCACAAGAGAAUUAAAGAGAGUUUUUUUUGUAAAUUUAUUUUUGAAAUUUUUACUAUUUCUUAUUAAAAAGCCCAAUAUUUUAAAAGCAUUUGUUAUAAUUUUAUUAUAAUGGGCGUUAAAAGUAAAUUUCUUAUCUAAAACUAUGCCUAAGUCGCGCACUAUAUCAACCUCUCCGAUCCUUUGCCCACAUAUAAAGUACUGGCUUUACAAGAGAUUUACAUUUUUCGUGAAGGUUAUGUGGUGGCAUUUCUCAAUAUUUAGUGACAUACGAUUGUUGCUACACCACUGACUCAAACGAUUGAGAUCAUCUUGAAGAAGGUGGGAGUCCUCUGGCUGUUGUAUCCCCUUCAUUAUUUUCAGGUCAUCAGCAUAAAGGUAAAACUUUGAAUAUUUAAAACAUAAUGAAAUGUCGUUUAUAAAGAGGUUAAAGAAGAUGGGAGCAAUAUGAGAGCCUUGAGCUACCCCAGAGGGGAUAUUAUAGGGUAGGGAGCAAUAGCCAUCCAUCUCCACUUUUCCCAUGCGUGAUUUUAGGUAUGAUCCACACCAAUUGAGAAGGUUGCCAGCAAAGCCGUAUUGUUCUAGCUUUUUAAGAAGUAUGCGGUGGUCAACCUUAUCAAAGGCUUUUGCAAAAUCAGCAUAGAUUACAUCAGCUUGAAUGCGAGAGUCAAUAAGUUCGAUUACAUCGGUGGCAAAAGAUACUAAGUUAGUGGUGGUAGAUCUGCCACUAGCAAAACCAUGUUGUUCAGGUAUCAAUAUUUGUUUCAUAUGAUGAGUGAACACAGGAUACAUAAGUGAUUCUAGUAGCUUUGCAAAUACCGGCAGAAUGGAUAUUGGCCUGUAAUUAAUUACGAAUGUCGAGUCUCCCGACUUGUGAAUAGGCACUAUAAUAGCCUCCUUCCAAAUUUUAGGAAAUACUCCAGAGGACAAAGAUUUACCAAAAAUAACAGAAAGAGGAAAGGAGAGUACUUUAGCACAGUUGCAUACAAAUAGUGAUGGUAUGCCAUCUGAUCCGGCUCCUUUAUCACCGUCAAGCCCUUUUAUAGCAUUCAAAACCUUAUCUUGGGAAAAACUUAUAGUAUUUAAAUAGUUGGAACUUUUUAUAGGGUUAUCCAGUAAAUCUAAGUUAAUAUAUAGACUAUGGUCUUCGUAUACAGAGAAGAAAUAAGAUGCCAUUGUUUCGCAUAUUUCAGGGCCGGUUGAAACUACUGUGUCUUUAAAAAACAUUCUAGAGGGAUAAAUACUACUAUUUCGUCUUUUUUGCUUCAUAUAAGACCAAAAAAAUUUUGCAUUGGAUGUGAUAGAAGAUUCAAUGUUAGUUAAAUAUUUAUUAUAGCAUAAAAUACUCAUAGCAGUGCAUCUCUUUUUUAAUGUAUUGUAUUUUACGUUAUCUAAAGGAUUUUUGUAUUUGUUGAAUCGUUUACGAUAUUUGUAUUUUUCGUGAAGUAGACGCUUUAAUUCUUUCGAAAACCAAACAGGAUAAUUAUUAGAUCUGUGCUGUUGUUUUGGUACAAAUUUUUCGAUAACAGUCCUAAUUAUCUUAUAAAACUUAUAGACUAUUUCGUCGACCGAUAAAUUUUCCGAGCCACCCAAACAAAACUCCUCAUUCCAGUCAACUAAACUAAGAUAUGAAACAAUUUUUUCAUAAUCAGCUUUAAUGAAGUUAAAUUUUUCAUGGUUAGCGUUCUUUGGCAAGCAAAUUUGAGAACCAGGUAACGAUACGUUUACCAAUUGCAUAGAAGAAUUGAUGAGAUUAUCAACUACAAGAUUUGUUAAAAUCAAGUCUUAGUAUUUUGUUAUUUUUAUUUCGUAUAUAGUUAUGUUGGUUCAAAUUAUUUAAUACAAUGAAGUCUAAAAACAUUUGUGAGAUGAAAUUAUUAGUUAUUGAUAUACCCUUUAGGUGACGAUUGUCGGAUCCAGACCACUGUAUGCUGGACAUGUUAAAGUCUCCCACUAAUAAAACAUUCUUAUAUUUUUCCAUAACCUUACUACAAUUUUCAAUGAAAUGUUCUGUAAUAUGGCUUUGUAAGGGUGGAGGUAAAUAUGCACAGCAUAAAAUGAUCUUUUCCGUUUUAUUGUUAUUUUUUUUUAAUUCUAUUUCGAUCCAAAUAUCCUCGCAUUUACUUUGCAAAUGUAGUAAUCUAACCGAAGGUAUUUUCUUCGAGAUUGCAAUUAAUAUUCCGCCACCUUCUUUCUUUGGGAAAAACCCACUUGAUUCUCGAUCACGUCUGUAUACGGUGUAGCGAUUUGUUAAUAAUUCGUGAUCGUAUACACUACUAUUCAACCACGUUUCGACUAAUAUAAGUAUGUCAUAAUCACAACAUGCAGAUUUUUUAUAUAAAGUGUCAGAUUUAGUUCGUAAGCCUCUUACGUUUUGAAAAUAAAUAUUUAAUUUAGUGGGAGUGAAUUUAAAUGUAUUUAAUGAUAUAAUAAUCAAGCUUUGGCACACAAUAAAUAGAUAAUAAUGAAGGAAAUUAAAAAGAUUACAAUUUUAACUUAUCUAAUGUCUCCAAGUUGCGUACGUAAAUUGUCUCUGAAUCUUCAUUUUUGCGAAGAAAAAUACGUCCAUUGCGGACCCAAGUAAAUUUAAACUUCAAUUCUUUUGCCUUUAGCCGUGCAGCAGCAUGAAUAUUCUUGUACUCUGGUGAUAGGUUUUCAGUAAUAAAUAUUGGUUCCUUUUUGUCAGAGCAUAUACCAAGAUGGCUCGUAUUUAGCUUGUCAUCCGUGUGAUUUUUAUUGAAUUGUAUCACUGAGGCAAGAAAAGUAUCUCUGAUUCUUGGUGUUAUAAACUUCACAAGUAUAGUGCGAGGACGUUUACUUGCCUGGUUUUUUUUUGCUAUUCGGGAACAAUAAGAUAUUUCAUGCUCGUUCACUUUUAUGCCUGUAACUGAACCAAUCUGCUGUAUGAUGUUCAUAAUAUUCUCUGAUUUAAACUCGGGAACACAUUGAACUUCUAGAUAGCUGAUCUAUUUGAUUGAGACGUGAGGACAUGUUGGACAAUUCAGAGCGCAGGAAUUCAUUUUCUUUUUUUAAAUUACUUACUUGUUUGUUGUUAUUGUUUACAUCACUAUUUAAUUUAUCAAACUGAUCAUUAAGGAAAUUGAGGGAAGUCUUAAAUUCCUGAAUUUGAUCUGAAAAUUCUCGUAUCCUAUUGUCCAAAGUGUUAUUUAUUUUGCCCAUAAAUUCCGUCAUCAUAUUCCUCAUUUCAUCUCGAAAUUCUAAUAUGUCAGAGCUGGUUGCAUGAUCAGAGAUUUGCGUACAUUGAGUAGUGGUUGGUUCCGGUUUGUUAUUCGCCUUACGCCGGGCCACGUUAAAAGUUAUCUCUGCUAGGCCGGUCGGAGUCGUAGGUCGCACUGGUAUGUCUUCAUUUGCGCCUUUACGUUGCUUGCUUAAGCAGUGAGGACAUAUCCACUUUUCUUUGUAUUCCUGAGUGAAUUGCUUAGAAUCCCUCGUUGAGAGGCCAAGACAUAGGUGGUGGUACUUUUGUUUACAGCGUAAACAUUCCAAAUAAUCAUUUUUCCCGAUACUUUCGGUACAAGCGUGGCAUUGAGACAUAGUAAUAAACAACUUGUUGAGUACGUUUGGCCUCUUACGGUAAUGUGCGAUAGCACUAUUUUUUUUUUUCGCUCCGGGUGUUAUUCAAUGUGCGAUCGUGACAGCAAUUAUUCCUUCAGACUUCUCGCAGCUGAUCGGUGAGGUAUGAGGACACCCCUCUCGCUGCUGUUGUCCGUUGCGAUCCCCACUAUCCUUGCGCACCUUUGCCGCCAAAUAUUGUUCACUUUUUACUUGUAAACACUGCACUCGAUUGUAGUUCUUACGUGCUAACGUGCUGACUUGUGAGGUAUUAUGCGGGAUUCUUUCCAAUCCGAUGGAAAUGUACCCAACUUUAAAGAGUGGAUGUAAAUAAUGGUGAGCGGAAUACUAAGCACCUCAGCACAAUUGAUGGCAAACCAUAUAUCGAUUUAUAAAUCGAUUUAAUCCAAGAAGAGCUUUUUUACGUCGGCUUCAGAUAUGAUUACAGAGCUAAGACUUUGGCUGCUCUGCGAAAUUGUGGGGUUAGAACUUGCUGAACUUGGAGGCUGACUGUAAUCAAACACAGAGGAAAAACUUAGCAAAUAAGUUACAGAUCUCGUUACCGGUUGAGACUGUGUGACCAUCUAGAUGCAUUUUAAGUGGAAAACUGCUAACAAGCUUAAGGACAAGCCCCCCGCUUGUCCUUAAGAUAAGACCGUAACAGUUUUGGAUUGUCUUUUAUUUUAGACUCCAAUUGAGUGAUAUAUUUACCAUAGCAAAUUUGAGCUGCUUUUUUGCACCUUAUCUUUAAUAUGUCAAAGGAAAUGACAUCGAGAGGGUUUUGAAACUUUUUAAUCUUGUUGCGAAGUUUGUUUUUUCGCGAAGAAGACAAAUAAGGUCACGAUCAAACCACGGUGGAUACAUAGCAGAAGACACUCUACGAUUAGGCACGUUAUCGCUUAUAAGCCUAUUGAGAAUUGAGUUAAAUUUAGCUACCAUAGAAUCGACACUAAAAGCCUCGAGCUCCGAAGACCAGUCCACCUUAGAAAGUUCUGUUCUAAUUAGAUCAUAAUUGGCUUUGAAAAAAUUCUUUCUAGAUGAUUAAUUAUUAUUUAGAUAUUUAAAAUUCGGAGCAUUUAGGUCAAUCUGUAACGCCGGAUGAUGCCUAUCUACAGAAACCAGGGGAUCAUGACAACACUACUACGGCUGCCCCGCUAGUAAGAACAAGAUCCAGUAUUUUACCAGAUCAGUUCAAGACGUCAUUAAAUUGAUUUAGAUUAUUCACAUUUACAAAGUCCAGCACAGAAUAAGAGACACUCACCGAACCAGUGACCGAAUGAGGGACAUCCACGUCAGAAGACCAAUUGAUGUUGCUUAAGUUAAGGUCAUCAAUAAUAAAAACGUUAGAACACAACUCAAGUACUCGAUUAGUAUUGUCCAAGAAACAAUCCAAUAUGUCACAUCGUACUGGGGGUGACAAAUAAACACAACAGAGAAACAUUUUUUUAAUGGACCCACGUUGCUCAGGUAACCUAACACCAACCCACACAUCUUCACACUCACUCUGGAAAUCCGUCACACGCCAGGACUCAAUUCUACGCGACACAGCCACCAAUACACCGCCGCCGUCUUUAUUUUUAUGGAAACCAGUGGAUUCACGAUCGCGUCUAUAAACAACAUAUCGAUCAUCAAAAAUUCAGCAUCCCUUUAGCCAGGUCUCACAAAGCAUCACAAUGUCAUAGUUAUUACACGAAAUGUUAUUAUAAAUAUUCAUAGUCAUAGUUUUUGUUCUAAGCCCUCUGACAUUUUGGUAGUACACAUUUACUAAAAUGUACACACCAAAGCAUAACAUUAUAAAAAAAUAAGAAAGGUUUUUAAUUGUCGUUUCAUCCUUAACAAAAAUAAAAUUGGAGGUAUCUGUCUUCCUCAUAAAUAUUUUUCCUUGUUUGAUCCAUACAUAUUUAUAGCCAAGGUU